AUGACAGAGAAUGUACACAACGAUGUGCUUGUUAUCUCAAACACACAAGGAGGUAGUAGUACCUUUCAGAGAAAGAAGGCGGCCGAGAGGCUAUUGUCUACGAUCACAACUAAAGUGAAUGGCAGCGGAGGCAAUGUAGAACUCGAGAAGCUUUGGACUGAAUGCCUAUCCUCACCUCUCAUCGCCCUGGUCAGUGAUCAAACAGAGAGAUGUAGGGUAAUAGCAUUGUCAAUACUGAAACUCCUGGUGGAGCAUAUUCACAAUGUAGUACAGACACAGUUGGCACAACUGCUACAGAGUUGUGAGAUACAGUUGGGAAAGGAGGAGGUCGAGGAGGUGAGAGUGGACAUUGUUGCACUCAUUGAUAUCGUAGUAACUUCGUGCUCCGACGUGAUCGUGUCGCAGCACUGCGAAAGGUUGGUGGCAAUACUCAGACUGGCAUUGACCGAUAAGAAUCAUCAUCAGAUCGAGCAGACGUGCAAUGUCAUCACACAUCUGGCACAAAAGAUACCGACGCGCAUGAUUCUCUUCACUGGAUCACUCAAUGCAUCGUUGAUCAGACAUCUCCCAGACAGACAUCAGCGCAUUCGCUCCGCCUCGCUGCUGGCACUCACAGAGUUUGUCAGCUGUGGCGCGGUCAAGGUGGUGGACAACAUUGCUGAGCAGCUCUAUCUGUUGGCGAUCGAUCAUUCCCCGUCGGUUCGAAUCACACUUUCCAAGUGCAUCGCGAGAUGGCUCACCUCUGAUGUUCGACUCUCAAUUCGCGAACACAAACCAUUGCUCAACAUGUGUCUGCUAUCAUUGCUCGCAUCCAACGUGCCAGAUGUCAUUGUCAGCGCACAAGAGUCAUUAUUGAUCAUCUCAUCCACAUACUUUGCCAGCAAGAUGGGGGACACGCACAAUCCUCUUCCUCCCUGCGCCACCAACAAUAACCCAGGAACUGAUAGAUAG